AUGAAAUUUGCAGUUGAGAGUGGACAAUGUGAUGUUGCAGUUGCUGACACAACUCUCACCGUGGAACGAGCAACCAAGGUCAAAUUCGCCACUUGCCCCUAUGGAGUCACCAUGAAUGCCUUUCUAAGAUCAGAUUUGGACAAUACUACUCUCACUGGAAUCAAUGAAUUGAAACAUUUGAAUCGAUCUGGAAUUAACGUGACGUACUAUGAAGGAACCACGUUUGAAAUGGUCGCACAGGACAGUUUGCAAGCUGCAACAAAAAUUCCAACGACUUACGAUCAUCAAUUCGUUCUCGUUCAACAACGAAAAGUUCAUGCCAUGAUUGGAGACGCACUGGAUCAAAAAAUUUGGUUGGAGAAUAACAAGAAGGAUUGUGUGGGAUGUUAUAUUCGAACUUUUGGAUUUGGUGGAGCCUUUGGGGUGUUUACAGAAGCUACGAAUCGAACGAGUGAAGCUGCUGGAGAGUACACAACACAGUACUCGGUUCCUGGUGUUGUUUUUCAAAAUGUGGCCAUAAUCAUGAUGUUGCUUGUAUUACUGCAAGUUCUGUAUCAUUAA